AUGACCGACAAGAAGGGAGGAGACGCGGUUGCGGCCACGAUGAUCGACGACCUUAAGGAUUCUGGUUCCGACAAGCAGGAUAGCUUGGCACACCAGAACUUUCGGGGAAAAACUGACGAAGAAGUCGCCGCCUUGAAGAAGCAGAUGUUGCGCAAGGUCGAUUUCAGAGUAAUGCCCAUGCUCAUUAUUCUCUUUCUGCUGAACAUUCUGGAUCGCAACAACUUCACCAACGCCCGCCUCGGAGGUCUCGAAGAUGACUUGAAACUGACAGAUCAUCAGUACAACACUUGUCUGAUGAUCAUGUACGUCGGCUACCUGCUGUUUCAAUUUCCCAGCAACAUCAUCCUAUCCAACUUCCCUCGGCCUGGACUAUACCUUUCGGUCGCGGCCGUACUAUGGGGCGCUAUUUCCACCUGCAUGGCGGCCACGCAUAAUUUUGCACAGGCUCUGGCAGUUCGCUUCUUCCUGGGAUUUGCCGAAGCACCCUUCUUCCCUGGUGCUCUGCUCAUGUUGUCGUCUUGGUACCAAAAGGACGAGCUUCCCUUUAGGAUUGCCAUCUUGUACGCUGGUAACACAAUCUCCAACUGUUUUGGUGGGCUUAUUGCUGCGGGUGUUCUUGGCGGCAUGAACGACGCUGCUGGAAUCCACUCCUGGCGUUGGCUCUUUAUCCUCGAGGGCUGCUUUACUAUUUUCAUUGCAAUCAUCGCUGGCUUCGUGCUGCCGAGCUAUCCGAAGGAUGUGACGUGGCUUACUGAGGAGGAGAGGGAGUACGCUAUCUGGCGCCUUUCGGUUGAGGUUGCCGGUAAGGAUGACGGAGAAGACGGCAAGUCGGUGUGGUACGGCGGCCUUCAGGCGCUCAAGGACCCCAAGGUCUACAUGCUCAUUCUGAUUCAAUUCUCCUUGAACACUGGAAUGGCCUACACCUACUUCUUCCCGUCCAUCGUCAAGACUCUCGGCUACAACAAGGUCGUUACCUUGCUCCUUACCGCACCUCCCUAUGCUCUCGCAUUCUUUGGAUCCCUUGGCAACUCUAUUCACGCCGGCAAGACCAACGAGCGAGCCUUCCACGUCGCCGUGCCGAUGUCCAUCAGCAUGAUCGGAAACAUCUUGUGCAUCACCAUUACGGCAACUGCUGGGAGAUACUUCGCAAUGUUUUUGAUGACUUUCGGCGUGUAUUCAGCGUUCAACGUCACUUACUCGUGGGUAUCUGCGACGAUCCCUCGCCCCAGGUCGAAGCGUGCAGCGGCUCUGGCCAUGGUAAACAUCAUGGGAAACUCGACACACUUGUUUACGUCAUACCUGUAUCCCGACUCAGACAAGCCGCGGUACGCUCGCGCGGGCAUAACGUUGGCACUCUUCUGCGGCCUCGGGUGCGUUUCAUCAGUCGCGCUACGUUUCUGGUUGAGACAUGAGAAUAAGAAACUCGACAUUCUGGAGGGCACGGUUGGCGACGACGCGGAGAACGGUAACCAGAGGAAGGGCUUCAGGUACAUUCUGUAG